CCCUGUGAGCUGUGGGAGACUAUCCGAUCGUAGCCAACAACUUGCUUGGAGGGAAACGGCCUGAAGCUCCUGGGAGAGAUUUUCCUCAUGGCAUUCGUUAAGGUUGUCGUCGUGUGCUUCAUUGCGGUUUUGAUCGCGGAUCUUGUGGCGGCACAGAGCUGUCCCCAGACCAUCACAUUCAGCCCCUGCCUCACGAACGUCGGAAACACCGGCACGCCUCCAGCUUACGACAGUCAGUGUUGUAAACUGGUGAGGGAUCCGAAAUGGACGGACCAGUGCCUGUGCGCCGUCGUCUCCUCGCACUUUCCCGGUGUGGACGAGACUAAGGCCCUUAAUCUGGCACACGAUUGCGGCAGGCGUGUACCGAAGGGCAUUUACUGCGAUGGCAGGCCAGUGCCUCCGUAAAGACUCUCUUUACCUCCCGCGUUCGAAACACUUGAGGUCGAAGACGUUUGCAUCGGUCGUUCUACGUAGGAACUAGGAGACAUCGAAUGUAGAGGGGAGUUAUUCGCUGGGUUUUCUCUGGCAAAACUGUAAAUUUUGGCCAUACACGGCGUGUUAGUUGUAAUCAAGGUCACUCUUUUGCUCUACC